UCUUAUUCGACAUUAGAGUUCGACUUCUUAUUGAUAAAGUGAUAUAUCGAUGUCCUUAAUGUGUCCAUAGCAAUGAUUAAGAUGUGUGGCUCUGCUUCGUUGAAAUAAAAGUUUGAAGAUUGUGAAAAUAAUUGUAAAGGCAGGCAAUAAAUAGAAGAAUGUUAAAGAAAACGUGUGACCGAGUAAUGGAGAAAUAAGAAAGUGAAGAAAAUUGAGUGUGAAAAUAACUUUAGCGUACAAAUUGUUGCAAGGGGAUUACAUCACUUUUCAUUCUUGGACGAGACUUUCUAGAAACGUCCCAGAACGACCUGAAAAAAGUUGUUAUCUGUUCAACUUUUCCAUUGCACAUCUUUUUCGUUCUGCACACUACAAAGGCCAUAAAAUAUGGAUUAUAAUUGCAUACAGUUGCAUUUACAGUGCCACUUACAGCACAAAUCUCCGCACUUCAGAAUAUCAUCGCUCGUUUUACUACUCAUCGUCAUACCGACGCUAGCUGUUGAUGACUUC